GGAGGCAGAGGAGCCCUCUUGGAAAGCAGGGAGGUGCCCUGGCUCUGGCUGGACAGGCGGGACCCAGCACAGGAAGAGCACCAGGCAGGGCUGCCAUGCAGCUCUCCUCCCAGGGCACCCAGCUACCAGGAGCUGUGCCUUAAAACCAGGCCAGAGGAGGUGGCCCCCUGCAUUGCCACGGAGGGGGACCCAGCUUCCCUGGGGCAGGAGGUCAGCAAGCCCUGCCCGAGCCCCAGCCUCAGCUCCAGCUCCUCCCGGGGAGACCUUGAGAGCUCUGUGGAGUCCGGGAGCAACCCGCCCCAUGGCACCACCAUGAAAGUGAUUCCCUACCGGCAAGGCGAGGAGGUGGAAGAAGAGCAGGAGGAUGAAGACGUGAUGAUGCUGGAGGAAGAAGCCCUCACAGACAUCAUGCUGCACCUCCAGGGCCAAGGAAAGGUGCCGCCUCUGCUUCUCACUCUGCUUCCCCAGCAGACCAGUGCAAGGAAAGGGGGACAUCCAAGGGGUCUUAGUCCCACAUUUGAUUUGGGCAGGAUGGGAAGGUCCCUGGCCAAGACCCUGUCUUUCCUCCUAUACCGCUCCGGGGCGAUGCAGGACAAGAAGCAUGGAGAGCGCUUCCUUCUCGCCAUCCCCGCACUCUGCAGAGCCACCAAGCAGAGGGGAGAGGACACCCUGGAGCCGGAGACCUGCCAAGUGGUUCUGCUACAGAAGAUCAUGGGCCUGAUGGAGACAGUGACACAGGAUGAAGAGCCAAACAGGAUCCUGUGCAACAGCAUAGCUGCCAUCUGCAGCCUCAGCGAGCUGAAGCCAGCCCUGGAGCCAGCCAUGGAGUCGUGCCUGCUGCAGACCACCCUGAAGAUCUGCCUGAUGUCCCCAAGACACAACAGCCUUUAUGUCAGGGUCAGUCCUCCUCCCCCUACACAGUCCUGCGCACCGUCCCCUGGCAAGUGCAGCCCCAGGCUGCAUGGUACUGAGCCUUGGCUAUCCUUCCCCUCCAGACCAAACAGCAGAAGCACAUGGAGGACCUGGAGGCCAUGCUGAGGAGCCUGUUGGCCACCGCACCCAGCUUGGGCAGGCUGCAGUUCCUUUGGGAGCUUCAACCAACAGCGAGGCUGACAGAACCUCCCUGAGCAAAUGCACCAUCCAGAGCCUCACAGGCAGCAAGACGGCCCCAGAGGGAACCUCUAGCCCAGAAUCAGCCACCACGCUAGGGUCAUCAACUGAUGUGAACACCCCUUGAAUCAGUCAGAGCUAGCCUUUCCCCAGAGAGACAUCUGCCCGGACUUGAGAAGUUACCAGUGGGUGGAGACUUUGGCUUAUUCUUCCACCCACUUUGCCCAUCAAGGUGCUGGGGGCAACAAACUGGUGUCAUGAAUUUCUGACCCCUCAGUUGCGGGAUCCAGGUAGCUCUUGCAGUGUGUGUGGCAUUUUGCAAUCCCAGGCCUCAGGGCUUUUGCCGGUCACCAGCUGGGGCUAGGAAGGAAUUUUUCCCUCCGUUCCCCUUGAAGAUCAUACUGGCUGUGGGGGUUUUUUUGCCUUCCUCUGAGGUAUUGGGGCACAGUGAGAAUCACAGCGGUGUCAGUUCUCCAAACAGCAGGACUUACUACACCUGGCCAAAACAUGAAUACUCGUUGGGUGGAGGAGAGAGAAAGAAGCAGCAAAUGCGGUGUCCUAUCCGUCAUAUUAAAUUGUUGUAGUGUAAUAAAUUAAAUAUUGUUUUCCUUUUCUGAUAA